CAUCUCAUAUUUGAUAAUAUUUCAAAAUGUUUUCAUGCAGCUACCUUAUUUGUUUUUCAGGUCCACCAUCUGGAAUUUGAAUGGACAGAUGGAAUUUUCGGAAUGGCUCUGAGUCCCGUUCAUCAGUACGAUAAAGAUAGGCUUUUGUACUUCCACCCGAUGUCUAGCUUCAGGGAGUUUUCCGUAAAAACUUCCGUCUUAUGCAAUGAAACCGGUUGGUCUGAAAUUAAGAACGCUUUCAGUGUUGUGGGCCAGAGCAGAGGGAAAUCGGGCCACGUUUCUACUUCUCAAAUUGACAGAAGAGGAGUGAUGUUCUACAACCUGGUGACCAGAGAUUCUAUAGGAUGCUGGGACUUGAGAAAACCCUACAGGAGAGAAAAUCUGGGCGUCGUUGCCAAGAGUAGUGAAACUCUCGUAUUUCCGAACGACAUGAAAAUAGACCAGAACCGCAGACAAAGUGUAUGGGUUUUAACCAACCGAUUGCCAUUUUAUCUGUACGAAGGGCUGGAUGAAGAUAAAGUCAACUUCAGGGUUAUGUCUGCAUUCGUCGAUGAAGCUGUUCAAAACACAAUUUGCGAUCCCAACGUCAGUGUUUAUCGGGCUUAUCAGGAGUUUUCAGGAGAUGAUGAAUGUUAUUAGUUUCUCGAUGAAUUUGAUGAAUGGUUUAUGAUUUUCGUGUAACAGAACUGCGAAAUACUUUUCUUGGUGUACUAUGAUCAAAUUGGCACCCUACCCAAAUUUGAAAACUGAAGUUACAAAACAGUAUAUAUGAAAAAUGAGAAAUGAAACUCUCUAUGUUUUUACCACUU